AUGUCGACGCUUUGGGUACGUGAACAUAAUCGAGUGUGCGACGAGUUGUCACGGAAGUCACCGUCGUGGACGGACGAACAACUAUACACCACGGCCAGAAAGGUUGUGACCGGUCAAAUGAUGACCAUCAUGAUGAAGGAAAUCCUAAAUGUGGAACUCAGACCGGAAGUAAACCACCACCGAAUGGAAAACAUCAGUGGUUCCGGCACGCCUAUUGAACUGUAUUUGACGAUGGCUGUAUCAAGUCUGCCGGAAAACCAACAAGUUUCGGAAGCUGGCUUAAAAGACGCCCUGAAAUUUAUGGGGAAUUCAAAGAUCGGCAUGUUCACAGCCCACAACGACGAUGCCUUGACGGAAUACCUUACAAGGACACUAAUGACAAUCUCGAGAGAACAUUGUAUACAGGGUUUUAAUAACUACAGAAGGCUGUUAGGGCUGCCUGCUUACAAUAGUUUUUUCGAUCUGACCGGAAACAAUGAAACCGCAACUGAAUUGAAAAAUCUGUAUAGCACCGUGGAAGACGUGGAGUUGUUAACCGGCGUAUUGACGGAAAGAUCCAUUUCCGGAGUUCUACCCACAGCCAAAGUCUUGUCGAAUAGUUUUGUCAUUACCGCAAUCUUGACAAAUAAUAUCACCGCCAAACACUCGUGGGUACCAGACACGUUCGGUGAUGUAGAAUUAUUUAAUUUAGUUAAGUCAGCUAGUUUAAAGUCAUUGGUGUAUCGUAACGUAGACGUGAAUCGUGACUAG